GAGAGGAGGCCGUCUGCCGCAGCUGGACCGACUCCCGCCCGGGACCAGAACAACACCGACCUGCAGACCCGCACACUGAUGCCACUGUAUAUCUGAGUUCAGCGUUUCAAUCCGCCAUGAGGGACUACUCAGCGACUCCGAGCAACGCAGGCGCCUGCAUGCCGUGCUGCCAAGUUUGCGUCUUCGCCUUUACCGCAUUUCUCAUCGUUGCAGAGAGGACGGCGCUGAUCUACUGCUUUGUGUACUACCUGUGGGUGGGUCACAACUACUGCUAUGCCCAUCUUGCUGGCUUCACUGCACUGUUCCUGCUGCCAGGCUGGGGUCCUCAGUGGCUCAGUUAUUUGUGGUACCUGUCAGAUGGACGUAUCCGCAGGAAGUCUCUCACCUGGACACACAUUCUGCACCUGGGUAUUUUUCAAAGCUUCAGUGUGUUUUGUGGUGUGUUUGUUGUCUCUCGCCUGGGCCUUGGUCCUUUAUGCCAGAGCCUGUUCACUCAUCAGACCAGGACACCUACAAAUGACCCCCGCUGCCAUUCUCUGUCGACUGGUGUGGAGGGUCAGUAUGUUGGGAUCUCGAUUUGCCGUUCUCAUGCUCUUCACACGUAUCUUCAAACAAUGGAUCCUGGGAGUUAUUGGUGUGCACUGGCUGGGUGCAACUUUCUGGAUGGUGUCUCAGCAGACUGACAUCAUACGUUCAACUACUCGAUGGAGAAUCUUCAACCUCGUUCUGGGAGCCAUUCACAUCUUCCUUUUCCUCAAUGUGAAGUACGGUCAAUCCAGAUGCCGCAUGUUCGGCUUCUACCUGGCCAUGUUCUUAGAGAAUGCUUUACUUCUUCUGGCCUCCUCAUGGUUGUUUACCAUGGUGUCCUGGGAUACUGUGGGAAUCCCGGCUGCAGUGUUUUGUAGCUUCCUCAUUGGAGUGAUAGCGCUGGUGCUAUAUUAUCGUUUCCUACAUCCUAAGUCCUUUGAGAUUUUCCAGAAUAUUCGGCACAGGGGGAUAGGUGGAGCCUGCAUGCAGCAUGGAUCUACACUGUCACUGGAGGAAAAAGUCACACCCACUUUCCAUCGCCACGCAACACUGUCUGGAGGCGGGACCCUCAUGGAUCUUCCGAUCCAAUGGGAGGGCUGGAAACAUCACCACUGGCUGCUGAUUCGCUUGGCCAUGAAGACAGGCAAUGUAACUAGUAUCUGGUCAUCGUAUGGCGAGGGAGGACUGGCCGGACUGAUGGGUCUGUCAGAAGAAGUUCACUCCCCUGAUGAUUUUCAUGUCCCUCAGAUUCCACCUAUUCAACCACACGUUCCUCAGAUCUCACAACCGGCUCCUCAACCAGCUCCACCACAAGUGACCCAAGUUCCACAGGUGAAAGAGGUGGUCCAUCCACCAAAGCCAACUCCAUCCACUGUAGUAGCCAGACCAGUGAGAAAAGCUCCUCCCACAACAAUCCAGGAUAUGAGACGGUUUCCAGAGAUCAUCCCGGUCCAGGAGGUGAUUCCUGAAGAGACCGCAGAAGAAGAGUCCAGUGCUCCACCGUCCGAUGAAAAAGGUGAUGAGGAGUUUCAGAGUGCUGCUUAUGGCUCACCAACACCUUCAUCUCCGCUGCAACCAGGAAGCCUCCGCCACAUCGACAGCAACGCCGGGACUCUGACCGAAGCCUCGUCCUCUGUGGGUUCCCUGGACAUCAAGACUCCUGGCUGGUCACCUGAGCGACGUUCCCCUCUCCUGCUUAGCUCCCCAGAGAAAAAGCCAGCGAUACCCGGAGAGUCCAGCACCACACUCUACUUCAGCGCGGAUGCACAGUCUCCCUCCAGCGGGAGCUAUCUUGGGUGGGGCUCCGAGUUGUCGCCCAUCUCCACCUACAGAAGCCCCUACCGAAUUAGGGAGGCUCGUUUUAUCACAUCCACCCCACGGCAGGAGAUUCGAGCUGGGGCUGAAAGUCCAGGCUUGGCUCCUGUUGUUAUCAUCCCUGCCACUCCAGGUACAACACCCGGUGGAAGCCCUGGUGCUUCGACCCCUGCUGCUUCUACAUCUGCUGCUUCAACACCUGCAGCUUCAACAACCGCCGCUUCGACUCCUGGUGCUUCGACUCCCGGUGCUUCAACUCCUGGUGCUUCAACUCCUGGUGCUUCGACUCCUGGUGCUACCACGCCUGCUACUCCAAUCGUUCCACUCACUCCAGUCAUCUCCCACGCUCGCAAACAGAUGGUCCAGUUUGUGGACAGUAGAGAGAGGGCGGUGUAAGGAGGAUGGGGGUGAAGGGGAAGGAAAACCUGGGUGGGGUACCUUUUUCAAUUUAGCUUUUAAGGAUAUACCAUCAAUUCAUGCAUAAACCAACUUGGGGAAGGCUUGGCGGGGAGUUUAGGAGGCCUUUUCAGCUCAGUUCAUUUGAAUCAGCCAUGGAAGGUAUAAAGUAUUAUUUAUGUUUGUCCCCCGACAGAUACAAGGGUUAAAAUUUAAGUAAAUGUGGGUCUGUGGUAGCACAAUGGCAAAACAUUUGCCAACCACUGUAAUUCUUCAUGGCGGCACCUCUGGCCUUGUUGUAUGUUCCACUUAACACAUUUAUCAGUGUUAAUGGGUGGGAAGUCAGUGAUGGACCAGGUCCUUGUUGCUGCACUAGCAACUCCUAGUUCAUCGGAGCACCUGCUGGGAGGAGGAUGUGAUAGUAUGAACCUCCUUGCAUGCUACGAGCUCCCGUUGGCAUACUGCUUCCUACCGAGGCCACCAGAGGAGUUAGCAGUGACAACCACCACUAUAAGGGAUUCCAGAUUGAAGGUGGGGGGGUAUUGGAGAUCAGUAUUUAUGGAUGAUUGGAUUUGGGUUACUAAUAAAAAGACAACACAGAUAAAAAUUCACAGGUGCUAAUGAAUGUGGAGUAUGACUUUCAUUCAUAAACUCUUACACUUGGUAAUUUUUAAUCAUUAUAAACUAACCACUGAAAACCUAUAAAGCAAUGACGCCUCUAGCUUAUUCGAGCAGUGCAGUCAGCUGAUAUUACCUCUGAAAUUUAGGACUAAUUGUUAAAGUAAUCGUAAUUAUUAUGAUGACAUUUGAAAUCACAAAGCAUUAAACGAUGGCGAUGUCAUUAAAAUGAAUGAAUUUUCUAAAUGAACCAGGUAAUUAAACUAGUUUACAACAAACAAACAUGCUGUCCACCAGGCUGCUGAGCAAAAACUCCUGUAACACCACUCGCCGAUGCCGGUCUCAAUGAAACCAAUGAUCUGUUAUGAAAUAUAUAAAUAAUGCGCUCUUAUGCAAUUCCAAGUCGUUGAUGUCGUUGAUUAUGCUAGCAAACGCUUUAGACGACGUUGAACAUCCCAUUCAGUUUUCAGGAAUCCACUCAUUCAUCCAGUCAGUCAGUUACUCCCUGUGUGUACAGUAUAGUACAUCAUUGGUGUUUACACACAUUACUGAAACAUACAGAAUUCAUAUUUAUCUGUAAAAUAGUCAACUUGUUACGUUGAUGUAUCUGUUUUUAUUUUCUUGAAACUAUCAGAUAAGCAAAUGACAAAAAGGAAAGGUUUGAGAGAAUAACAUUUUAUGAAUUAUAUGCUAUGCUUUCCUUUGCUUAAUGUAACUGCAGUAAUUUCAGUCAGUCAGCCCUUUGCAGCAGGAACGGUACAGUUAAAGUUUAUUGUUAGCCAGUAGCUGUAGCAUGAUAUUCUGUAGAGUACACUACAAUCAUUACAUGGAUUUAUUAAGGGGAAAUUCAGCAAUAUAGAAUAUUAAAGGAGUGUAAGCUGUUUCUGUUAUUACAUGCAUUUUUUUUAUUUGCCUUGUUUUUGUCUAUUUUAGUGAUCAGAUAUUUGAUAUCAAAACAUAUCAUUUAUGUUUUGACUUUGUUAAUGACCCACUGAAAUGCUAUAAAAAGCUAAAUUAAUACAUAAAUAAUCAAACAACGUUUUCAGAAAAUAGACAAGAUCCCUGAUCCAUACAUGCUCAUUCUUUCUUGACAUGUAAAAGAUAUUUUCAAGGUUUGAUCCUUACCAACAAGGGACAAAAGGAAAUAUUUUAGCGGCAGAGAAAAGACACAGUACAACAAACAGUUUCUGCCCGACAUAAUUAAUGAGUGUUCUUGUCUCUAACAAUUAGGAGGUAACUUUAAUGAACACCUCUGACAAUCACAUUUUGUUUCUUGUUUUAGUUGAUGAAAGAAGGAAAGUGUAUGAAUGAUGAUAAGAUAAGAUGUAUGAUAUAUGAUAAUGAACUGGGGUGGCAGCAGUUCCGUGUACUUUGAAUGUGAGUUAUUAUUGGCAACAAAGCCGUCUGUUGGGAGGGAAGUUAAGCUCACUUCAGUUAUCUCACUGCCCGUCCUAACCCAUAAUGAUUUUCUGACUAACUAGUGCACAAAAUUCUUGUGUUCCCACUUUGCUUUAAAUUGUUUUUAAUUGGCCCACCACUUAUUGAUUGGUAAAAGGAUUUACAACAUGUCUGCUGCCCUAAUUGUUAGCAGUGAGCAUUGUUUUGGAUUGUCAGUGUCCAUUUACUGACGUUGGUUUUACUGAAGAGCACACAGCGAGUGACCUGUUGUCAGUAAAGCUUAAAGGCAAAUGUAAUAACGUUGUUUGUGAAGAAUAUAUACUAGCUGUUAAAGAAAAACCUUAAUCAGCUGUAGACUUUGCAGUAAACAUAAAGCCUAAAAUGGGUUUUGUCAGACAUAGAUGUGCUGUCAUAGUACACAAGCAAUGUUACACUGUUCUGAAAUAAAUGGAAAUUUCCACUAGAGAAUAAUGAUUCACAGACCUUGUUAGUUGUAAGUUGUAAGUGCAUUUAUAAGUUUGUAUUUGAAAACUGAUACAGUAAAACACUAAAGCUAGUUUUCCAGCUAAUGACACGAAACCUAAUCCUGACAUAGUCUUAAAUGAAUCAUUAUUACUGUUUCUCUUGUAAAGCGCACUACUCACAGAUACGUGUUGUCCUUCAGCCUAAACAUUAGUUAAACCUCCUACCUCAUUAAAACUGAACUUCCUUCUGACAAAACUGAUUUUAUUUUUUUAUUUUUAUCACAGUGAGAAAAUAUAAUUGCUCACUGAGCCUUUUUAUUUUUUAUUAUUUUUCUUCUUGUAAACAAAUAUAACAACUAUAAAGUAAGGUAUAUAUAUUUAAUGAGCAGUUAACUGGUUGUGCUGCACUUACGAAUAUAAAUUGUUUUAUGGAACAAAGUACAAAGAAAAACAUGCGUUUGGAGGAACCGCUUUAUCAGACUGUCAAACUGUUAUCCAUAUUGUAGACUGCGGCCUGCUGAUAGAUAAAGGAGUCACUGCAUGUUACUCAUCCAUACAGGCAUCCAGAGAAUUGUACCUAUUGCUUUAGAGAAAGAAGCACUUACUGUAACUACACACACACACACACACACACACACAUUACAAUAGUUAACACGUGCUAGAAUGUAUGUGUAUGCAACAGCAAUAAGCCAGCUAAUUAAAUGUAUAGCGCACUAAUUAAAAAUAUCCAUGCACAUGCUUUAGACUGCACUAAUGCCUUGGCUUGAUUAUCAUGAAUCAGCGCUUUUCCUUGUAGUAAGACAGCUUCUCUCGUGUGUGUGUGUUGCUUUAUAGUAGAACAAUAUGCUUUGCUUUGUGUACCUGACGUGUAUGAAAAUGUUUGCUUGUGUUUUCUAAUUUGACUCAUUUUGUAUUGUUAUUUUUCAGUGUUCUUUUAUAUUUGUUCACAUUUACUGUUAUAAAAUGUGUGGACAGCCACGGUGCAGUUUCUCAAGGUUUUGUGCUGAAGUUUCACAUGUGAACAAUUUAUAGUUUUCAUUGAUGGACUGGAAUUAGUUUGAUGAUCGAGUGUGAUGUCACUUAGUCACCGGACGGCCUCCAUUUAUCAAGAUGCAUCACCUCAUCUCUGCAAGGGUUUCCACAGAGUAACUGUGGUUGUUGGUAGUGAGUCAUUAACUGUGCUAUUGAUGUGACAAAAU